AUGGACGCAAAUAUAAGUAAGGAGACAAUCGGUCGUCUGUCCAGCUCAGGUUACUUAUGUGUAGGGCUUUACCUGACAUUACUAGGUUUAUCGUCAAUACUCUGUAAUGGAUUUGUAAUCCUAGUUCUCAUCAAAGCUAAACCUAAAUAUAACGUGAUGCACAACGUUCUGCUGCUGAACAUGGCGGUGACAGAUCUCCUCAUCUCCUUGGUUGCGUAUCCUAUGUCCGCUACUUCCAGCCUUAACGGUACUUGGUUAUUUAACGGUGAAGCUUGCACAUUCUAUGGAUUCUGGGUUUUCAGCCUCACUGUAGGGAACAUGAACACCCUAGCAGUCAUCGCUAUAUGUCGUUACAUCGUUGCUGUCAGACCCGAAUAUAAUUAUCUUUUAGCAAAGAAAAAUGCUAAGUAUUUUCUGUUGGUGAUAUGGGCUUAUGCAUUUCUAUGGACUGGUCCACCUUUAUUAGGCUGGAGCACGUACACUUUCGAGGCAUACGGAACGUCUUGUACCAUAAACUGGGGAGGUCGAUCCAUCUUGGAUAUAAGCUACAAUAUAUCCAUAACGUUUACGUGUUAUGUUUUUCAUGUCUUCAUCUGUUGUUUUUCUUAUUUUAACGUCAUUAAAAAGUAUGUAAGGACAAAUAAGUCAGAAAUUGGAUUAGCAUUAAGAUCUACAAGGGUCAAUCAACGAAACACUGAGGACACAUUCAACCUGGAGACGGUGGUAUCCUACCAUAACGUUACCACUUCUCGUAAAGUGACAAUGAUGUGCGUUGGAAUGCUACUGUCCUAUAUAUUAGCGUGGACACCGUAUACGUUCCUCAGCAUAUGGGUCAUGUUUGUCGGUGACGUUGAACCUUGGGUUCACGUAUUACCAACAAUGAUGGCUAAAUCUUCCACUCUGUCAAACGCAAUUGUGUAUGGAGUGUUGAGCAGCAAAUUCAGGGAGUCGGUCAAAAAGCUAUUUAAACGAAAUCAGAAUCAAGUAGUACCUAGGGUCGUUAACUCCAACAGGACAAUCCCAGCUGAGUCUGUGGCUUCCACCAGUCGAGUACACCCAACAGCAUCGAUAAGUCAUCCUAAACUACAGGACAAUAAUGCAAAAGGAGCGUAUAACACGUAUAAUACGUACAACGUCCAUUUGGUUAAAAAUGAUGUUUACAUUGGGAAGAACGUCAUCAACCUUCCUAACGAGGAACAGCUAUUUUAA